CAAACUCGGUGGGAGUCUUGGAAUUACGGUUGUGUCCUUGGUUUCGUUGCAAGAGUUUGUUGUUGGAUAGAUCUUGGCGUUGCGUUGAAAUUUGAAAUCUUGGAUGUGAAAUUGAUUUUGAGAAAUGGAAUGGGGUUCGAAUCAAGCGGAGUUCGAUUACUUGUUCAAGCUGUUGAUGAUUGGGGACUCUGGGGUUGGUAAGAGCAGUCUCCUCCUCAGUUUCACAUCCGAUUCCUUCGAAGACCUUUCUCCUACCAUCGGUGUUGAUUUUAAGGUGAAAUAUGUUACUCUUGGAGGCAAAAAGCUCAAGCUUGCAAUUUGGGAUACGGCUGGUCAAGAGAGAUUUCGAACGUUGACAAGUUCAUAUUACAGAGGUGCACAAGGAAUCAUUAUGGUUUAUGAUGUAACAAGGCGAGAAACAUUUACAAACCUUUGUGAUGUAUGGGCCAAGGAAAUAGAACUCUAUUCAACAAAUCAGGACUGCAUCAAGAUGCUUGUUGGGAACAAAGUUGAUAAGGAAAGUGAUAGGGUUGUGACAAAGAAAGAGGGAAUAAAUUUCGCCAGGGAAUCUGGAUGUCUCUUUAUUGAAUGUAGUGCUAAAACUCGAGUUAAUGUGCAGCAGUGCUUUGAAGAGCUUGUUUUAAAGAUUCUGGAUACUCCCAGUCUCUUAGCUGAGGGUUCAAAAGGGGUGAAGAAGAACAACAUCUUUAAGGAGAAACCGCCACAGUCAGAUGCAUCCACAAGCAGCUGUUGCUGAAGUUGAUACCUCUUGUAUCAAACUUCUGGCAUUUAAGAUAUUUAACUACCAGAAAAUUGGUUCCUUUUUUUUUCCUAAAAGGAAUUAUUCUCAUUGUAUUCAUGUUUUAUAUGAACUGCAAAUUACUUGUAAAAUAUAAAUUAUGCGAUUUCUGCCCUUUCCUGCCCUUUCCUUUUGCUUUCUGUGGGACUAAUCUGUUGUGUACAAACACAAUUACAAUUAAUGUAGUGGUGGAGGCCUGGAAGAAUUACUGAUA